GGCCGCGCCAGGUGCCUUCACAGGCCUCCGCCGAACAACAUGCAGCUUUGGUGCUACCCCGGUAGAGCCAGCUGUCAGUUCCACGGGAACAAGUUGAGGAAAAAACGUCUCUCUCCCCUUGAUGCCAGGCUGCUGUGAGGACGGGGCAGCGCCGACGCAGCAGCAGGAACGGCCAGCUGGCACUUGAGCAGAGUGCGUGCACACUUAUACCACUUUGUUAGUCCAGCACGGUGCUUCCUGUACAUUUUUAUGCUGCAACACCGAACUUUUAAGGUUCCUGCUCAUCUCAACCCGGUCAUCAAAGACAGGACUUGGGCCAAUGGUGAAAUUGUUGCGUUGCAACGGGGUCCUUCCCUCGCCAACGGCAGCGCAGGGGUCUUGAUGGCCGGCCCUUGUAUCCCGAACAUGUCCCCUCUCAACGGCCGCUACCCAUGCGGAAGCUCAUCCUUCCUCUGCCAAGGUUCUCCUAUUCUUCCCAACUCGUCCGAGUCGGCCCUGCUACUGUGUACGGCACAAUGGCAAGGGACCAGACGCCCAGCGCACACGAUGCGGGGCCCAGCCCCGGUCCCCAACCCCGGUCAAGGCGUAGGCCCCGUUGUGUGCGCAUGUGCGUGUGAGUGUGUCUACACUAUGUGAGCUUGUGGGUGAAAGAGAGAGAGAGACCUGUUGACGCAGAGAGGGCGAGCGAGUGGGUGGAUAAGUGAGAGUGUUUCCGGCUGAUCUCCUCUCGGCACCGAGGAAGCUCCACUGGCCAUGUUCGCGCCCUCUUUCCUCCUGUGCACGCGAACGGCGAAUGCUCACGCUUCUCGAACGUCUCGGCCGUGCGUAAGGAUCUGAGAUCCGGUUCAUCAUUUUUGUCCUUGGGUUGCAUGGCCGCCUCUUCCUUCCCUCCCUCUCAACCUCCCAAUGGCAAUUGCCAGAUCCGAACCACCACCACAGACACCCGAUGUGCACUGAGUGCAACCCGUCAUGCAUCUACUCCAGGCCCUGAGGUUUUCCGCCUUACUCGCCAUCUGCGCCGCCCUGCCCGCUUCGGUUCUUGCCGACCCGCUCUCAGCCGCCGCCGGCUUGACUCGAAGCCGCUCCCAACUGACAACACAACUACCUCAGUGUUCGGUAUCAUGCUUCGAAUCUGCCGUCAACAACUCGACCUGCUCUGCCUCGGACCUGUCAUGCAUCUGCCAGAACCAGAGUCAACUGUUGAGCAAGUCGGCAUCCUGCGCCCUGACCAAUUGCACCAUAGAAGAAGAGCUGAAGACGGAAAAGGUCAUCAGGACGGCAUGUGCAGACCCAGUCCGCAAUGAUGGCAACAAGGACCGGGCUAUAUAUUGGAGUCUCUUCGCCGUGACCAUGGCCUCCUUUGGCUGCCGCAUGCUCGCCCGCACCGACCGAUUCGGCGGAACCCUGUGGUGGGAUGACUACUUCAUCGUGGCUUCCUCCGUCGUGGCUUUUGCAGUCACGAUCGGAGCCGAGAUCAUGGUGAUCUUCGGACUCGGACAAGACAUCUGGAUGCUCAGCCCAGCCCAGGUCACGGUCGUCUUGGUGCUCUUCUACGUGGCCGAGUUCGCAUACGUGAUUGAGUCUUCGUUCACCAAGGUCUCGAUCGUCUGCCUAUACCUCAGGAUCUUCCCCAAGCAGGGCUUCCGGCGCAUGUGUUUCGGCCUGUUGGCCCUCAUUGCGUGCUUCUGCAUCGUCUUUGUGGUGUCGUUGUUGUGUUACUGCCAGCCGUUCAGCUACGUGUGGACGCGGUGGGAUGGGCGCAUGCACGGCAAGUGCAUCGACAUGACGGCGCAGACCUGGGUCUGCGCCGCCAUGAACAUUGUUCUUGAUGUCUUCAUCUUCUUCCUGCCGAUCCCGCAGCUGCUGAAACUUGAAACGAACUGGAAGACAAAAGUCGGCGUCAUUCUUGUCUUCCUGCUCGGUCUGUUUGUCACCAUCUGCUCAAUCGCCCGCCUGAGGUUCCUGUCAUCUUGGGCAUCGUCUCCGAAUCCGACCUACGACUACUCCGACCUCGCACUGUGGUCUCUUAUCGAGCUGUACGCCGGCGUUAUUUGUGCCUGCCUCCCCGGGAUGACCAGUCUGUUCCGCCGAAUCAAGCACCAGCACACGGAGAAGAAGAAGUCGUCUGCGGCUAACAGCACGGGGGGCUCGCGGAUGUUUACGGGGACCAGCAGCGGCCUGCGGUCCUUUGCUCACGCCCAGAAAGAUGCAGGAAUUGUCAAGACCACCAAUAUUUCCGUUUCAUAUGGUGCGAGGUCAGGGGAUUCGCUCAGUGACGAGGUUGAACUCAUGGAUCGCGAGAUGGGAACGAGCACACACCCGCGGACCCAGCCGCCGCCAAAAUACACGCCAAACUUCUAGCGCCGGCUCUUCAAUGUUCCUUCCUACUUAAGUACCUAAGAUAUGCUCCCAACUAGAUUUAUACAUGGG